AUGCUCCUUUCCACAACCACCAGCCCGUCGCCACUACUUCGUCUUCUCGCUCGUGAGACCCAAUGUUCUUCAUAUAUCUGUCGAGGACACCCACCAAUAUGCCUCCGCGGGGCACACAGCUCCGCCAGACGUAUAUCGACACAACAGCGUCCGUACACAUUUCACCUUGGCGUUAGCUGGGCCGGGAAGUCGCCAGACGCCAGAACGGCUCGUCUUCGCCGCCCGAUUCCUGCAAACACCCCCGUAGGCAAAUGGAGAGACGAGAUGCUGUCGCGACCGCGCAGCCUCAGUGGGAAGGACGCGGGAGAGGACUUUUUCUACGUGACGCCAGUGCGUUCCCAUCUUAUUCUCUUCAUUCUCACUCUCGGCACCGGCGUUUCUCAGGGUAUCUCGUUUGGCGUCGCCGACGGCGUAGGGGGGUGGACAGACUCGGGCGUGGAUCCGUCGCUGUUUGCGCAGUGUCUGAUGUACCAUUCAUACCGGUAUGCGCGAUUGGCCUGGGCAGGUGAACCGGAGAUCGACCCCACGCAGGAGUACGAGGAGCGCGAAGAGGUCGAGGGAUGGGAGAUGGCGCCUCGGGAUUGUUUGGAAGCUGCGUAUCAUGGUGUCCUGCGAGAAAAGCUUGUACGAGCUGGUUCUAGCACUGCGUGCCUAUUAAAUAUUAACUCGCUAUCUGGGCUGCUACGAGCCGCCAACCUGGGAGAUAGCGGCUUCGCCAUCAUUCGGUCAUCAUCCAUCAUCUACCGGCAACAAGCCCAGACGCAUUUCUUCAACUGUCCAUUCCAACUGACAAAGUUUCCUAGCGACACCGAGCGGUAUAAUCAGUCAUACAUCGAUUAUCCUAGCGCCGCAGACACCUAUGAAACAAAGCUUCGAGACGGCGACAUUGUCAUAUGCUACACCGACGGAUUGUCAGACAAUGUUUUCCCAGCGGACAUGAGCGCCAUUUGCUCGUUGGUCGGCAGGUCAGGUGGAUCAGACGACCAACAAGUGCAGACCAUAGCCGACCGGAUCGUCCACUACGCCCAGACAUGUAUGCAUGACCGGAAGAAAGUCAGCCCUUUUGAACGCGAGGCUGCCAGGGAGGGGAUGAGCUAUCGAGGCGGGGUACGCGCUUUCAAUCUUAUCCCUUGCGUUCAUGCUGACGAUGAUCUCAAUGCCAAUAGAAAGUAG